AAUGUCAACGUCAAACUAUUGAGUAUUGGCUGUCAUUGAAUAGGUUUUCCAUAAAAAGUUCAAAAUAGCUUUACAUAUUUUGUAUAAGUUUGUCGAUACUUAUUUCAAUGGGUUCUUCACAAAGUUCUGAAGUACCAGGGGGUGGUUCGGAGGGAUACCAUAUCCUAAGAGUCCAAGACGGUUCUCCAGGCCAAAAAGCCAAUCUCGAACCAUUUUUUGAUUUUAUUGUAGCUAUUGAAAACACUAGACUAGAUCAAGAUAAUGAUACUCUUAAAACACUCCUGAAACAGAAUAUUGAUAAAACUAUAAUGAUGCGGAUUUAUAGCACAAAAACACAAUCAGUAAGAGAGUUAAUGAUAACACCUAGUCAAGAUUGGGGAGGUCAAGGACUGCUUGGCGUCAGUAUUCGAUUUUGCUCAUUUGAAGGUGCUAAUGAAAAUGUUUGGCAUAUACUGGAAGUACAUCCAUCUUCACCUGCGGAAUUAGCUGGAUUAAGACCUUUCUCUGAUUACAUAAUAGGAGCUGAUUCUAUAAUGCAUGAAAGUGAAGAUCUGUUUACAUUAAUAGAAGCACACGAAGGAAGAGCCCUGAAGCUCUUUGUUUAUAACAUCAAUGAUGAUAGCUGCCGUGAAGUUCUUAUUACUCCAAAUCACAAUUGGGGUGGAGAAGGUAGUCUUGGAUGUGGUAUAGGUUAUGGAUAUUUGCAUAGAAUUCCAAUUAGAAGCACCCAACUUAUGUCAAAUCAAAAUCAACACAUAGCACCAACACCAAUGGUAUCAUCUCAGAACACUAAUGUGCACCAAGAUACUUUGAUGUCUGGUAUUCAAAGUUUAAAUAUAACUAAUGAGACAACACCACUUGUUGAUAAUCAAGGCACACAUCAGCCAGAUACAGUUCAGGUUUCUCAACCACCAUUUUUAUCUGGAGUGCCUAUGGUCAAUCCUGGGGCAUAUACAACCUCAUUUAAUAAUGUACCACCAAACAUGUCAGAUUAUGUAAGCACACAACCAGGCUUGUCUACAACACCUUUGUCACAAACACAAUCAAUGGUAUCGAAUAUGGCUGCCUAUUCUAGCAACCUUGCAGAGACUACUUUGACCAAUUUAGGCAGUAUACCUUCAGUUUCUAACAUGCAGCCACCAGCUCCUUUACCAAAUUUACCGGGUAUUCCUAUGAACCAGCCUCAACCCUAUAUACCUAUAAUGCAAAAUUACUCACAAUCUCAAACAUCAACUACCUUGCAACAGACCUCACCAAAUUUAGUUCCAACAUUUGACAUGACCAGUUUUACCCAAGCUCCUUUGCAGCCUCCGCCAUUGAACAGUGGCUUACCAAUAGUGACUCCUGUAUCAUUACCUGGGAUGCCAUCAAUAACUGUAAGUGCAACUCUUCCAGUUUCAACAAUGCAAGAAAUUCAUCAACAGCAAGUUCUACAGCAGCAAGACUUACUAUCAUGAAUAUUUGUUAAAUAAGCUAAUAAAAUGCCUCUAUAAUGGACAUAGUUCUAGCACAGAUAUUUUAAACUUGAAUGUAUGUAUGUACAACUUGUAUAUUAUAUUCAA